AUUUAUGUUGCCCAUUUUAUUAAUAGUAAAUUUGAUUACAUCAUCUGCUGCUUAACCUUAUGUUGGAUAAACUGCAUGUACAGGAUUAGCCAGUGGUGUUUGUACUUCAAGCGUAACUUCAGGAAUUGGAUAUUGUUAUUGGGAAUCGUAAUUUAUAAUAAAAUUUUCAUAGUGGCUCCUGUCUAACACUUCCUUGUUAUAUGAUAGAUGAAGUAGCUUCCUGUAGAACAGGUUCUGGAUUACCAGUAGGAGGUGCAUCUACUUUAUGUGACUCUUUAGAAACUUUUAGUUUAUAAUAUGAUAAUGUUUGUUGUGAUAAAUCAGAAGGGAAACUCAAUUAUGCUUUAGUAAGAUUUACCAAGACUAGUGAUGGAUAUUUUGAUAAAGCUAGUGAUGGAACAACUUUAUUGACUGCUCUAACAACACAAACUUCAGCAACUAUAUUUCAAUUGUAUACUGUAAAUCCUUGGAAAAUCAUGCCUUCCUUUACUACGAGUUUGCCAGCAGUAGCAGAUUUCUAAACAUAAUUAGGAAAUAUUUUAGAUAGAUAUGUAGCAUUAGCAACUGCAUUAUAAGAUUAACCAGAUUCGCAUCCUUUUUAUAUAGAAAGAACUGUUUAUUAAUCGUUAUAAUUGUUGAGAGUAUUUAAGCAAAUCAUAUUAGGAUUUCGUUGUUUUGUAAACCUCUAAUUAAAGUACAAUGAGAGAUAUCGUAUUAAAAAAAAUAUGGUCAGUUGCUCUGAUUGGGUUAUUUAGAAUGAUAAAGUUUUAGCCUAAUUACUAUUAAACUAACUACUAUUUUAUCAAUUUUGCUAUUAUCCCAUAUUCAAGAAAUUCACUAACAAUGAAUGGACAAUAACAUUCCACCAAAAUAGAUUGGUCCGGGUAUAAUUAUGCUUCAAAUGGAUUUUUAAUGGUAUAUUCAUUCCCUCCAGAAAUCUUUGGAAUAAGAAAUGCCUAUUCAGAUGUCAUUUGUUUAAGACCAACAAUUGCAGCUUCACCUGCAUAUAGUGCAACUGAAAAUAAUUUUGAUCCUUUAUUCAAACCAUUAACUAUUACUUGGUCAUGGACUGACACUUCUUUGACUGUUGUUGCUGCCAAUCUUAAACUAUUUAAAUUUCCUAUAGGGGAUGCAUUAGAAGCAUCAAUUACUUAAGAAUCUGGAGUCACCUUUACUUGUAAUUUGGGAGCUAAAUAUUGUGUCUCCACUAGUAUUACAACAACUCCCCCGAAUACAGGAGUUAAUUAUUUUAUUUCUACAGGAUAAGGAGCUGUAGCUGAUAAAAAUAAGGUUUAAUGUAGAUUACAAGGAAAAUCAUGGUCAGGUACAGUUUGCUCUUGAUAUAUUAUUAAUCAAGUGAAAAUU